AUGAUUGCAAGCACACCAACACUUGGAUGUAGCGCUGACUGUGUCUUUCGUACUGUACUAGGGUACACUACUGUUGCAGAGCGGUGUGAUAUAUGCUGGCGCAGGAGAUCAAAUCCCCCUCAACAACUCCAGCCAUCCGACUUGGAAGCCGUAUGGAACAAAAUGGCAAUGGACCUCGUGACUAUUGAAGGGAUAUCAUGCUUAUCAAUUAUCGAUUAUGGAUCACAUUUUCCUGAAGUACUCCCCUUAGAGGAUACCAUGGCUAAAGAUGUGAUAAACAAACUCAUGGAAGUAUUUUCACGAUUCAGCGUGCCCUCUGUUUUGGUAUCAGACAACGGUCUCCAGUUUAUCGCCAGUGAGAUGAACCACUUUCUGAAACAACUGGGUAUUCAGCAUGUGAAGGCAAGCCCAUGGUAUCCUCAGUCGAAAGGAAUGGUGGAGAGGCUGCAUAGAGUCUUACAGGAGAGACUUAAGGGACUUGGACCUCAAUUCCUUUUCAUCGCCACUUCCAACAAACGUUGA